AUGGCGCUGGCCGAGGUUGGCGACCGUCUGGAGCCGCCGACGCACGAUCCUCUCAACGUCGAUCGCCACGCGCCAAAAAUUCCUCAGACGGCCGACCUCUACGCCGCAAUCGGUGCCUGUCAGCACGGACGUCAGACCGUUGUCGAUGAUCUUCUGCGCUCGGGCCUUUCUCCCAACUCGGUGGAUGACGUUAGUGAAGUCUUUUGACUUUGAGGUCUUCAUAAGGAUGACUUUUUUCGAUCUCAGGUGAAAGUUAGGGAACUUUUACUUUUGGCUCCUCAGAACGCGAUUGGAAGCUUUCUAACAAGUAGCUUCCCAAUACCUACUCAGAAAAAAUCCUGCCGAAAGCCUUCCAGAAGCUUUCCAGCAGGCUUUUGGAAGGCUUCUGGCAAGCAAUUUCCCUUCUCACCUUCCAAAAACCGUCCUCUCUGCAGAAUAUUUAAAAAAGAAACAAAUGUUUUUGAGAAAAAGUACCGUUUCAGGACGGGUGCUCACUACUACACUGGGCUGCAAUCAACAAUCGCAUCGAUGUCAUCAAAAUGUGAGAUUUUCUUUUUACUAACUAUUCAUUAAUCAAACUUUCAGCCUUAUUUCUUACGGAGGUGAUCCAAACAAACUCGGUGGGGUCCUUGUAUCCAGUCCAUUGCAUUGGGCUGCGCGCAACGGACAUGUCGCGGUUUGCGCCGUUCUUGUCAAGGUUCUCUUGAAAUUAAAAUUUUUUUUGAACUUUUUGUAUAAAGUUUCCUUCAUUGAGCUGUAGUCGUAUGAUUUUUGAAAGCGGGAACAAAAACUAAAAAAAGAUCCUAUAGAUCUGUGCACAUUUUUUCUAGUUUAAAUAUUGAGAUCUUUCCAAAAAAAUAUUUUAACAUUUUAAGAAGGUAUAGAGCUUGCUUGAAUCAUCAAAAAGCAACUUUUCAGGCCGGCGCUGUUUGUAACGUACGGGACGCUCAAGGAUACACUCCAGUUCACCUGGCAAUUCAAGGAUCUCAUGUCCCUCUAGUCGCAUAUUUCUUACUCAAGUUUGACUACGUCAAGGAUAUCACAGACAACAGCGGUAGAUCUUUCCAAAACAUUUUUUUCUAGAAGAUACAUUUUAGGAAUGACUCCCGCAAUGUGGUGCGCCUACCGGUCAUUUGCCAUGUUUCCGAUAAGAUUGGUCGUGAGAGCCGGUGCUGAUUUGAGUCUCAAGGAGCACUUACAGGUAACAUAAAGUUUACUUUUUUCACCGGUAGUCUAUGGACAAAAAUCUUACAGUGUUUGUUAUUUGUGUGACGGAUCUAUUCAAGAUUUUUCAUGUGAUGAACCCAAAGUCACCAGAUUUGAACCGUAAAUAAUACAAACAUUUAAGGGUUCAACUGCAUUACACUUUGCUGCACAGGAAAGGAAUUAUUCGGCUGUUGUGUAAGUUUUUUUUAAGUGAUUCACAUAAUUUUCCUCUUUUAGAGAAUUGCUGAAAGGUGGCGCCGAUAUUUCGAUUCGAAACAAACAACAGGAAACCGCGUUGGACAUUGCUAGGAAUCAUAAAAAUCUCAGGAUUAUUGGUUAGUUUCUGUGAAAUACAACCCUUUGGGGUAAAGCUUUAGUCUCAAAAAAUACAGAAAAGGUUUACUUUUCAAAUUGGAUUGGCUCUUUAAUAAACCAUUUUUUUAAUCAUAGCCACAGAUGUUCAGAAAAUAGUCAACCUUCAAAAAGCAAAAAAACUUAUUUUAUUAGUUUUUUUGAAAGAUCUCUCCGGCAUUUUUUUCACUCUAUAGAGGAAAAUUUGAGCCGUACCGAAAAUUAUCGUUUUGACAAUAAACUGAAAAAACACAAUUUCCUUAAAAAAAAAACUUUUUUCCAGAGCAACUCGAACAAGCCGGAAGAAAACAAGGACACAUCAGAAGCUCAUGUCGUUUCCUACGUGCAGAUCCUCCUCUCAUCACCUACUUUUUCUUCUUCCUGCCACUUCUGGUGAUCGUCGGGAUGUGGUUCGUCUUCGCGCAUCUGCCGUUGACGAUCGCCCUUCUCAUAACGGCGAUCUUCUUCGGAUUCAUCCUGGCAACCGUUCACUUCGAUUUCCACGCCCCCAAUUAUCGUCUCCUACCUAUUGGAAUCACUGUAGCCGAAGCGUCGCUCAUGUUGGCGUCUUGGUAUGUUUUUUUUUUUUUGACAUUUGUACCUGAAACUCGAAAAAUGAACUCUUACAAGCUCCGAAAAAUAAGUUGAAAAACUUCUGAAUUUUUUCCACGAGAAAGUUUGAACUGCACAAACUCAUGAUUUUUCUUCCUGAGGGAUAUUAUGAUCCAACUUAGGGUCUGCAUGAAGUUAUAAAAUUUAAAAGACCUAUUGUCGAUUCAGGGCGAACUACGCGCAUUGGUACGUUCCGUGGUGGCUUCAGCUGCUCUUCGUGAUCUCAUUCACGUCUCUCAUUUUCUCCCUCGUUAGGUUUGUUUAUAAUAUUUCAGAAACACGAAUACAAUUAUUUUCAGAAUCACAGUACUUGAUCCGGGUAUCGUUAAACCCAAGAAGGAUUGUCACUCGAUGUACAUCGAGGAGGCCGAAUCUGGGAUCCAACACCAAGAAAAAUACUGUUUCACCUGUUUCGUCCGGAAACUCGAGCAAACCAAGCAUUGCGCCGUCUGUGAUCAGUAAGUUCCUCAUUACUUUAUAAUAUUCGUCCACGCGGUGGGUUUUUUGUCAUCUCUAUGCAUUAUUAACGAGUGACGUCUGGCGAAACAUUCAUGCGUGCUGUCUGUCAAUUUUCUUUGAAAAUUACGAAUAAAUGCUUCGUUUUGAACUACACGAUUGCGUACUCUAGCCGUUUUUGGAAAUGAUCUGUGUCUUUUGAAAUAUCGAGAAAAUAGUCCAUUCAGAACCUGUUAUGAAGUUUUGAAGGGUCAUGGCAAAUUUGAUUGGGAGGGGGCGAUGUUUUCAAAGAUCCAUUCGGCUGGGAAAAUUCCUUGGGAAUGACCAUUCAAACCAAUUAAACUAUUAUUUCUAGAAAAGCUAAUCAAGCAAUCAUUUUCACGUUUUUUGAGCAGAUUUUUGGAUUUUUGUCCAUUUCUUAAAAGGAAAGUUUCUGAGUUCAACUUUUCUCAGACUUUACACACUUUCCAGUAGUAAGUAGUAAGUAUCAAAAAUUUUCACGUGCUCUAUUUUCUAGCUGAAGGAUUGUUCAAUCUUAACUUUGGCAACCAACCAAAUUCCAACUUUUUCAGCUGCGUUCUCCAGUUCGAUCACCAUUGCCCCUGGCUUCACAAAUGCAUCACUCGUCGGAAUAUGCGCGAAUUCAUUCUUUUCGUGACUUCCGUCAUGGUUUCUUCGCUGGUAUACUGCCUGGCGACCGGUCAUUUUGUGCUUCUCGACGUUGCUGAUCACGGAUUCCGUUAGUUUCAAACACCAAGCCUUUUUGAAAUAUUGAACGAAUUCAGAAGAGUUUGUGAAGUAUCACGCUUUCCUGUUGAUCACGGUGAUUCUGUCAGCCAUCCACGCAAUCAUGCUGUGUUUCCUGUUGUGUGUUCAACUCAAUCAGGUAUUUCAAUAUUUUUAAUUAUUUUCUUCUGAACUUUUUUGUCAUAGAAGAAAUCUGGGUUUUCUUUAGUUUUUUCUUCGAAGCUUCCCAGCUGGAUUUUCUUACAUACGUGUAGUUCUAACUUUCUCAAAUAUUUUGCCCUCAAAAUUAUUUUUUUUUAUGUAAAAAUUUCAAGCUGCACUUAUUGGAUUUGGAGAGCCCUCGUUACAACAUGUUUUAUUCAUCAUAUGUUAACAAUAAUAUUUUAAUUAUAUCUUGAGAACUUUCAAAUUUAUCAAGACACGGCACAUACUGUAAUGUAAUGAUCUUUUUUUCAAAAAUUUUGAGGACUUGAGAAGGUUUUUGAAAAAAACGUAAAAAUGGAACUUGAGAAGACCUUCUGGUCAGGAAAAUUGAACGAAAUUUCAAGUUUUUAUCGACUUCUUUCGCAAUUAUUGAUAUUAAAAUUAAAGUUCCAUUCAGAUCUCCUUGGAAAUGACGACUAACGACCGUAUCAAGGCUACCCUGGGCGGCACAUGGCGGGAAAUCCGGCCAUGGUCACAGUCACAAUCCAUUCGCCAAUCACCGCAAAGUCGGCAUCGCCACUCGAUGUCACAAUAUUCUCGAGUUUUUCUCCUCAAACGGAGAGGCUCUUGUAUAAAAAAGAGAUUCUAA